GAAAGAGACACAGAAAAAAGGGGGGGGGGCUGAGGAGCAAUAUCUGCUUAGAAACGAAACUCUCGUGCUCUGCAUAGGGAAUAGGGAUUAUCAAAUCUCAAUCCCCGAACAGAUUCAUGGUUUUAUACCCCCCAAAGAUCUUUUGUCUCUCUGUUGCUUUCGACUUCUCUUCAGUUUGUAUGCUUCUGUUGUCUCAUUCUUUCUCGCUCUUCGCUGACACUCACCUCCUCAGUUCUCACCUUCUCUUCUGGUUUCAACAGUAGUCUCGCUGCCGCUGUGUGUGUACCUCUCUCUUCUUUUGUCCGGCUCAAUUCAUUUAUUCGCUCCCUAUUUUUAACGUUUUCUUGCGGUAGAUCUCUUUCUCUUUGUCUCUGCCGAAAUCCAGAAUCCUCAGAUCCGUACAGAGAGCGAUUGAUUCCCAUGUUAGGAUUUUGACCGAUCUUUCGAUCUCGAAAGUCGUAGCAAGCGAUGGGGCAGUGCUACGGCAAGAACAUUUCCGUCGUUGAAGACGACACCAUCGUCCGCGACGGCGAUCGUCCUCAGACGCCGUCCACUUCAACUGCCGGUAAUGGCUUUUUCGGUUUGCGCUCAGUGAGGAACACUCCAGCUCGCUCCUCCUCCAACAGCCCUUGGCGCAGCCCUUGGCGCAGCCCUCACCCUCACGGUUCUGGUACUAGUCCUCUCCCACCCGGUGUCUCUGCGUCGCCGGCGAGGUCCACUCCCCGCCGAUUCUUCCGCCGCCCUUUCCCUCCUCCGUCGCCGGCGAAGCACAUCAAGGCCUCCCUAGCCAAACGUCUUGGACCCCCAAAGCUCAAAGAAGGUCCGAUCCCUGAGGAUGGCGCGGAGGUUGAGCGCCCGCUUGAUAAGAACUUUGGAUAUUCUAAGAAUUUCACUGCCAAAUAUGAAUUGGGAAAGGAGGUUGGCCGCGGACAUUUCGGUCAUACUUGCUCCGCCAAAGGCAAGAAAGGAGAGCUUAAAGGCCAACUUGUUGCCGUCAAGAUCAUAUCCAAAGCUAAGAUGACAACCGCAAUAUCAAUUGAAGAUGUUCGUAGAGAAGUCAAAAUUUUAAAAGCUUUAUCUGGGCACCCGAAUUUGGUAAAAUUUUACGAUGCGUGCGAGGAUGCCAAUAAUGUCUACAUUGUCAUGGAAUUGUGUGAAGGUGGAGAACUGCUGGACAGAAUUCUAUCCAGAGGUGGAAGAUACACAGAGGAAGACGCAAAAGUUAUUGUUGUCCAAAUUUUAAGUGUAGUUGCCUACUGUCAUCUUCAAGGUGUUGUACACCGUGAUUUGAAACCAGAGAAUUUUCUUUUUACAACUAGAGAUGAAGAUGCUCCAAUGAAGCUUAUUGAUUUUGGUCUUUCCGACUUUAUCAGACCAGAUGAAAGACUCAAUGAUAUUGUUGGCAGUGCAUAUUAUGUUGCACCUGAAGUCCUCCACAGAUCAUACUGUAUGGAAGCAGAUAUUUGGAGUAUUGGUGUCAUAACAUUUAUCUUGUUAUGUGGAAGUAGACCUUUCUGGGCACGUACAGAGUCGGGGAUUUUCCGUGCUGUUUUAAGAGCUGAUCCGAACUUUGAUGAUUCACCUUGGCCUUCGGUAUCGCCAGAAGCCAAAGAUUUUGUUAAAAGGCUUUUGAACAAGGACCACAGGAAAAGAAUGACAGCAGCACAAGCUCUGACUCACCCGUGGCUGCGAGGUAAAACCUGUUCUGUGCCUCUAGAUACAUUGAUCUAUAAGUUAGUCAAGUCAUACCUUCGAGCCACUCCUUUCAAACGGGCAGCAUUAAAGGCUCUGUCAAAAGCGCUAACUGAGGAUGAACUCGUGUACCUUAAGGCUCAGUAUAGGCUGUUGGAACCACAUAAAGAUGGGCGUGUUUCUCUUGAGAACUUCAAAAUGGCUCUCAUGCGAAAUGCAACUGAUGCCAUGAAGGAGUCAAGAGUUCCUGACAUUUUAAACACUAUGGAACAACUUUCUUAUGGAAAAAUGGACUUUGAAGAGUUCUGCGCUGCAGCAAUCAGCACAUACCAACUGGAGGCUCUUGAAAAGUGGGAGCAGAUUGCGAGCGAGGCUUUUGAAUAUUUUGAACAGGAAGGGAAUAGAGUUGUAUCAGUGGAGGAAUUAGCACGGGAAAUGAAUCUUGGCCCCACUGCUCACUCAAUCCUUAACGACUGGAUCAGAAGCUCAGAUGGCAAGCUCAGCUUUCUUGGGUACACCAAAUUUUUGCAUGGUGUGACAAUACGAAGCUCAAAUACAAGACAUCAGUAAUUUGUGUAGCUCUGGUUGCAUAUAAUUGUUUCAAAGGUAAUGGCAUGGAAA